AAGCAGGAAGAGAGCUGGCUGGAAGACACAUACCCCCUGAAGAUCGAGAGGGAGGCCGUCUGGGUACUACCUAGCAGUUACAUCAGACUGAGACACUUCCUGUUUACAGCAGACUAUAAAACCCCUGCCCCAUCCUCUUUGGUGCUGACGCCAUUUUAAGCCUCAGCCCACCUGCACCCAGGCGCUCAUUAAAACAGCGUGUUGCUACACACCGCCUUGUGUUGUUGGCGCGCUCUCAGGGUUUGAACCGAUAGAAGAGCCUUGCAGAGACAAUUCAUAAGCUGUGGCCAUGACUACUGAAGUAGGCUCUGCGUCUGAAGUGAAGAAGGACUCUAGCCAGUUAGGAACAGAUGCAACCAAGGAAAAACCUAAAGAAGUAGCAGAAAAUCAGCAGAAUCAGUCUUCCGAUCCAGAGGAGGAAAAAGGUUCCCAGCCACCUCCUGCAGCUGAAAGCCAAAGUAGUCUACGCCGCCAGAAGAGAGAGAAGGAAACAUCGGAGAGCAGGGGUAUUUCUCGGUUCAUACCGCCAUGGCUUAAGAAGCAAAAGUCAUAUACCUUAGUAGUGGCCAAAGAUGGAGGAGAUAAAAAAGAGCCUACCCAAGCUGUUGUUGAAGAACAGGUCUUAGAUAAAGAGGAACCCCUUCCAGAAGAACAGAGACAGGCUAAGGGUGAUGCUGAAGAAAUGGCUCAGAAGAAACAAGAGAUUAAAGUUGAAGUCAAGGAAGAAAAACCCUCAGUGAGCAAGGAAGAAAAACCCUCAGUGAGCAAAGUGGAGACGCAGCCUACUGAAUUAGUAAGUAAGGAGAGAGAAGAGAAGGUAAAAGAAACACAGGAAGACAAAUUAGAAGGAGCAGCAGCAAAAAGGGAGACCAAGGAAGUGCAGACCAAUGAGCUGAAAGCAGAGAAGGCAUCUCAAAAAGUCACCAAGAAGACCAAAACUGUCCAGUGUAAAGUGACCCUCUUAGAUGGCACCGAAUACAGCUGUGACCUGGAGAAACAUGCCAAGGGACAAGUGUUAUUUGACAAAGUGUGUGAACACCUCAAUCUCUUGGAGAAAGACUACUUUGGACUUUUGUUUCAGGAAAGCCCUGAGCAGAAAAACUGGUUAGAUCCUGCUAAAGAAAUAAAGAGACAACUGAGAAACCUUCCAUGGCUAUUCACUUUUAAUGUGAAGUUUUAUCCUCCUGAUCCUUCUCAAUUGACUGAAGAUAUCACCAGAUACUUCUUGUGCCUUCAGCUCCGGCAGGACAUUGCCUCUGGCCGCCUGCCCUGCUCUUUUGUGACUCAUGCUCUCCUGGGAUCCUACACCCUGCAGGCUGAACUUGGUGACUAUGACCCAGAAGAACAUGGCAGCAUCGACCUCAGUGAAUUCCAGUUUGCCCCUACUCAGACUAAGGAGCUGGAAGAGAAGGUGGCAGAGCUGCACAAAACCCACAGGGGCUUAUCGCCAGCACAAGCUGAUUCCCAGUUCUUAGAAAAUGCAAAGAGGCUUUCCAUGUAUGGUGUUGACCUACAUCAUGCCAAGGACUCAGAAGGUGUGGACAUCAAGCUGGGCGUGUGUGCUAAUGGACUUCUCAUUUACAAAGACAGACUGAGAAUCAAUCGUUUUGCUUGGCCGAAAAUCUUAAAAAUUUCCUAUAAACGCAGUAACUUCUACAUUAAAGUCAGACCAGCAGAGCUGGAACAGUUUGAGAGUACCAUUGGAUUCAAACUGCCAAACCACCGGGCAGCGAAAAGACUAUGGAAAGUGUGCGUGGAGCAUCAUACUUUCUACAGGCUUGUUUCUCCAGAGCAGCCACCAAAAGCCAAGUUCCUGACCUUGGGGUCCAAAUUUCGCUAUAGUGGCCGCACCCAAGCACAGACCCGCCAGGCCAGCACCCUCAUUGAUAGGCCAGCACCACACUUUGAGCGCACUUCUAGUAAACGGGUCUCCAGGAGUCUAGAUGGAGCUCCGAUUGGUGUCAUGGACCAAAGUCUUAUGAAGGAUUUUCCUGGCGCUGCUGGGGAGAUUUCAGCCUAUGGACCUGGACUUGUCAGCAUUGCCGUGGUACAAGAUGGGGACGGCAGGAGGGAAGUGAGAAGCCCAACUAAAGCCCCACAUUUGCAGCUCAUUGAAGGAAAGAAAAAUUCCUUGAGAGUAGAAGGGGAUAAUAUUUAUGUCAGACAUAGCAAUUUAAUGUUGGAGGAACUGGAUAAGGCCCAGGAGGACAUACUGAAACAUCAGGCUAGCAUUAGUGAACUCAAGCGCAAUUUUAUGGAAUCCACACCUGAGCCGCGCCCUAAUGAAUGGGAAAAACGACGUAUCACACCUCUGUCCCUACAGACACAAGGGAGCCUAGAAGAGGAGAUAACAUCAAUUUUGUUUAGUGAAAAGGGCUUUUCUGAUAGCAUGAAAGCCACCUUCACUUCAGCCACCACUUGGACAGCAGAGGGCGCUGUUGUGAGCGCUAAUGCACCUUCUGAAAAGCUUUCUUCCUCGCCCUUCUCACACUUGCUUGAGACACGUGCUCCUGAGUCAGAAGGGCCUUGCACUGGAGCCAGGGAUGCUGUUAAGAGUUCACAUGAGACUCUGAAUAUAGUGGAGGAGAAGAAGCGGGCAGAGGUUGGGAAAGACGAAAGAGUAAUCACAGAAGAAAUGAAUGGUAAAGAGAUAUCACCUGGGAGUGGUCCUGGGGAGAUUCGUAAGGUGGAGCCUGUGACACAAAAAGACUCCACCUCCCUGUCUUCUGAGAGCAGCAGCAGCAGCAGUGAGAGUGAGGAGGAAGACGUGGGAGAGUACCGUCCCCACCACCGAGUGACCGAGGGCACCAUCAGGGAGGAACAGGAGUAUGAAGAAGAGGUGGAGGAAGAACCCCGCCCGGCAGCCAAGGUAGUAGAGAGGGAGGAAGCAGUGCCCGAAGCCAGCCCAGUCACACAAGCAGGUGCCAGUGUAAUCACAGUAGAAACAGUGAUCCAGGAAAAUGUAGGUGCCCAAAAGAUACCCGGAGAGAAGAGUGUACACGAAGGCGCUCUUAAGCAAGACAUGGGAGAAGAAGCAGAGGAAGAGCCACAGAAAGUUAACGGAGAGGUGUCCCAUGUUGACAUUGAUGUUUUGCCACAAAUUAUUUGUUGUUCAGAGCCACCAGUGGUAAAAACAGAGAUGGUAACAAUUUCUGAUGCCUCACAAAGGACAGAAAUCUCCACCAAGGAAGUCCCCAUUGUCCAAACUGAGACCAAAACCAUCACAUAUGAGUCUCCACAGAUUGAUGGCGGGGCUGGUGGUGAUUCGGGCACGUUACUGACCGCACAAACCAUCACAUCUGAGUCCGUGUCAACAACGACAACCACACACAUCACCAAGACUGUAAAAGGUGGAAUUUCUGAAACAAGAAUUGAGAAACGCAUUGUGAUCACAGGAGAUGGAGAUAUUGAUCAUGACCAGGCACUGGCUCAGGCGAUCAGGGAAGCCAGAGAGCAGCACCCUGACAUGUCGGUCACAAGAGUGGUGGUACACAAAGAAACAGAGUUGGCUGAGGAAGGGGAAGAUUAAGUAAGAAAGUCAUUUUUUUAAACAACACUCAACUUUGUGAACCCCUGAAGAUUUUUUGACCGUUCCAAGUCUUAAUGCCACACCACUAUUCCAGCGAAUUUAUGCUACAACUGGUAACAAUGACCAGAAGCCUGAAGAAUUAAAAUGCCAACACCAAACCUUUCCUUACCAGCUCUGGUCUAUAUUGCUCCCAUGCAUUUAAUAUAUUAUUUUGUUUUAUAACCACUUCUAAAUAUUCUCGGUUCUUUCUUUUUGUUGUUGUUAAUUAAGGGGUUUUGGUUUUGUUUUCUGUUUACUUUGUGUGCAACUACCUGCUUUUAAUGACUCACUUUGAUCAAAUGACAGUGAACAAAGCCAGCCCAAGCUGGUAAGGUGCUGUUCACUUGAACAGGUGCUGUUGUGCAGAAAGGAAACUCUGUGACUAAUUUAGAUAGUGGCUUUCCUUCUUCUGGAUUCUUUUCAUUGAAUUCUCACAGUAAAUAUUUACGAAGUUUUCAAAUUGCAGCAAAUAUACUGUAUGAGAAAAUAUUAAUACAGAUUAAAAGCAUUUCUUACAUCUUGAAAAUUUUCUAAUAUUUGAGAAUUUCACAGGGAUGUUUUUUAUAUUGGACCCCUUUGACCUUCCAGUCCUGUGACUUUCUACUUUUAGUAGAGAGUCAGAAUCUCUGGACUGGAGAAUAAUGAAGAAGUUCACUGACUGUGCACUGUGCUUAGAGACCCUGCCGCACCACAGUGCCAAUGCUUGUCAGACACAUGCCCUUCGGCAGCAUUCCAGAACAGGAGGGAAGAGAAAGAGAAAACUUUCUUCCCUUCUACUAAACGAUUCAGGCAGCUUAAAACCUUAGUGCUUUCUUUCUUAACAUACCCAAAUUUCAAUUCUUUCCAUUAUUUGAACACUUGGGUAGAACUCUUGCUUUGUAUUAAACCUCCUUGUCUACACAUGUAAAACUGACCUUUUGUUAUUGAGCAGGCCUAUCUCUUUCAGAUAGUUUUAUGAUUCACACAGGUUUGAGGAUGCUGGGGAGAGGGGGAGGGGGCUGUGGUGGUGUUCUGUUGGUUACAAGAAAGUUAUACCAUUUAAAGCUGGCACCAGAGACCUGAUAGGGACUUAUUAACUAUAUUGAACAUUUUUUCCUUUGCCUUUGACCCUAUGUAUAGUUACGAUGCCAGAUUAGAUUUAUAGCAGCUUCAAGUUGUAUUAAAUGAUAUUUUGCUUCCUGUAAUACUGUUAUAAAAUAAAGUUUGUUUAUUCUCUAAA